AUGUCGAGAGCAGGAGUGCAGCUGACGAUCGAUGAUNAACGGGACAUCCUGUUCGAUGCCGACAAGCCGUUCUCGAUGGUCUACGAGGAGCUCUACCUCGCGGCCAUGCGACGCAACCGGUCGAAGGGGAUGAAGGAGCCGCAGGUCAAGGGCGUCAUCGCCGACAUGGUCCGGCGGCAGCUGCGGCCCAACGACUUCCACCGCCGGCUCAUGACCACCAGCGGCUGCCGCCACGUCCUCACCACCAACUACGACUACAACCUCGAAGAAGCCUGCACCGGUCAGCUGGACCCAGUCGAGCGGGUGCCGUUCGUCAACGAAACGGUUCACUCCCUCUUUCGACGGCACGAGGUGCCGCUCAAGGAAGGGAGCGAUGACAAGGUGAGCGUAUGGCAUCUGCAUGGCGAGGCGAUGAAGCCCAGCACGAUGCUUCUCGGCUACGAACACUAUGCAUCGUAUUUGAAUAAGGUGCGCGGGUAUGUGGUGGACGGCCUCGCCUACCAGUCGCUGCCACCAGAGUACAACGGCACGCUCCGGCCGCUCGUGCGUCGAGUGGCCAAGCAGACCAAGCAGUCAGGCACGUCCACGACCAAUCCCCUCAUCUACAGCGCCCAGCACACAUAUGUGGUUGCUAACACAGCUUCUCAUAUGGUUGCAGCCCAAGAGGAGCCAUUGGACGUUAUCUCGUGGGUGGACCUGUUCUUUUCGACCGGUACGCUCGUGCCUCGGGCAACAAAUUGCGGAUCGAGAACACUAUCACGUACCUGA